UUGUGACGUAUGUACACAAAAACAGAGACAAACCCUAGUCCUUGCUUACUACCACAAUCUAAGUUAUUGGUUGUUUAUUAGAUAUAGAUAUGUGUUAUAUUCCUUACGAACAAUUCCAAUUACUAUAAAGUGAAUUUUUAAAAAAAUUCCGAAAUGUCCAACACGAAAAACGAAUCUUUCCAAUCGGCGUUCGUGAAAGCCGUUGAGGUAAUGGACCCGAGUGCGACCAAAAGGAUCAGAAUUGAGUGCGAAACAUGCAAGAGAAUCUUCACCCAAAACAGCCAUUUCAACAGUCACCUCUGCAACCAGAAACCUAGACGUUUAGCAUGUGAAAUUUGUCACAAAAUGUUUUCGUCCAAGUCGCGUUUAGAGCAACACUGGCGCGUUCACUCAGGAGAAAAACCAUUCGAAUGUCAUAUUUGCAAAAAGCGUUUUCCCCACAAAAAUUACAUGACGAAACAUCUCCUCAUUCACUCAGACGAUAAACCGUUCAAGUGCAACGUGUGCGACAAAUCGUACGUACAAGCUGAUACGCUCAAGGAGCACAUGUACGUCCACACUGGAGAGAAACCGCACAAGUGUGAGCAUUGUGGAAAGGAGUUUAGGGUAAUGUCAAAUCUGAGGAUGCACCUGAACACUCAUGAAAACUCGAAGGCUUACGAAUGUAUCUUGUGCCCGAAAGUCUGUUCUAGCAGUAACAACCUGAAGGCCCACAUGGCCAUCCACGAAAACGAAAAACCGUUCAAGUGCGAAACCUGUGACAAAUGUUUCGCGCUGAAGAGCACCUUGGAUAGACAUACCAACACCCAUUUGGAAGAAAGACCGUUCAAAUGUGACCAUUGCGCGAAAGCAUUUACAAGAAAGGAUUGCCUCUCAGUCCAUAUAAAAUAUACACAUGAAAAUCAGUCUAUCAAUUUUGAAAAAUGUCACGUAUGCAACAAGCGGUUCAUGUUCAAGUCUCGAUUGGAGAAACAUAUGAAAGUGCAUAGCCAACUUGGUUGUUUGCUUUGUGGUAGAUCGACUGAAGAAUGCGUCUGUUCCAAAUACACCACCGGAUAUGACCAACCGAAAAAGAAUCCCUUAACGAGAGACAAUUUUUUGAUCAAGUGCCAGACGUGUUUCAGGAUUAUAUUGCGUAAAUCCCAACUUAAGGUGCAUUUGCGAGUACAUCGGGAUUAUAAAUGUAUAGUUUGCAAUGAGGAUUUCAGAAAUUGCAGUUGCUCCGAAAAUGAUAUGGCAGUAUCAAAAAGCAAAAACACUUAUCGAAAAAGUAGCAAAUCUUUAACCAAUGUUAAUGAGGGGUUAACAAAUGAAUCUGGUGUUAAUGUUAAGAAAGAAGAAACAGUUAAUGAACCUGUGAUUAAAUAUGAGACAAGUGACGAAUCAAGGGAAAUUAUUAUCCAGAAAGAAGAACCCAAACAAGAAUAUUUUAAAAUUGAAGAAAACUUCGUCGAAAUUGCUGCUGAAGUCGAUGAAGACUCCAAGGCCUUUAGAGUUAAAGAAGAAAUCACAGAGUUCUAAUUAACGAAAUAAAAUCCUUAAAUUUGUACUUGCCUACAGUUUUGAAAUAAUAUUUGAUGUUGGUUCAUUUUGCAAAUAAAU